AUGUUGUCGAAUACGUCGGCUUCGAGGUGGGAUGCGUUUAAAUCAAAGUGGGAUGCUUUUCGAUCGCAGUCCCACGAAUACCAUCUCAACAACGAACUUAAGCCAUGGAUGGUGAAGACGUUACAAAUCCUUAAGUUUAUGAUAUUUUCGAUGUCGCAUGUGUUGCUAAUUUUUGGUACCGCCGCGUCAAAGCUGACUGUAAUUUUACUGGCGACUAGUAUCGAGUUAAAGCCAUCUGGAAGCCGAUUCCGGGAGAAAUGCUACGUUGGAAAAGGCCCGACAACUUGCCCUCAUGUUUUAUCAGAAACUGAAACUUCUUCAGUACGAAGGAGACAUCCGCAAGUCACAGCUUCUGUGGUUUGUGCUUUGUGGCUUAUUCAGAAUGCUCCGGACAUGAUGGCCAUCAUUCAGUCACUGUACAGGAUUUACAAGAAUCGGAAAGAACGCAAAGGUGCAACACUGAUGGUAUUUAUUGUGGAAUGUUGUCGCUCAGCAGGCUUGUCGAUUUUGUUUUUCCACAUUUUCCCGUCACUGGAUCCACUUCACUGCUUGGUUCUUUCUGUAUCCGCCGUCUUUAUGCCGUUGUACUACAAAAUCAAAAGUUUGAUUCGACGCUCCUUCGAUCCAUCCUGGUUUGAUUCACUGAGCAUUUAUCUUACAAAUUUCAAGCAGAACACCUUACUCCUUUAUUCCAUACUCUUCCUGAUUAUUUUCGCUUCCUGUUAUGUGUGGAGUACCACUGCUGUUCCCUUCUUCAAGUUCGCUGCGCUGCCGUUGGCUUUAAUUUUGUCGUCAUUCGGUUUUUGGGAUUUAUGGAUCGAUAUGAGGCAUUGUUUGUCCAGUUACCGCUAUUUGUACCAGCUAAAAUUUGGGACACGAAAAAUGAGCUCGUUGACUCGGCUCAUAGUAUCAAUAUUGCGCAUUUUGACGUCCGGACUCAUCGUAUGGAUUGUUAAGCUUCGUUAUUUGCCCUUUAAGGCUGUGAAAAAAUCCAUAAGCGAAAACUUUGGAGGCCCGGAACGUGUUGCCGCCUUGUACACCCUCGCGAUCUAUAUCAUUCUCCUGAAUUUUAUCCUUCGUUUCAUAUCGCGAUUCCUGUCAGCGAUGUCUAUGCGUGUUCUAGCACUGCUUCAUCCCCUGCUUACUGCUGUACCGUUGCUUAUGACCGCCUUCAUCGUAACAUGCUUCGUGAUACCCAUGUGCUCCAUUCGUAGUUAUUUAUCCAGCUAUGGCCUACGAUGGCAUUGUUUGGCGUGGAAAGCCUCACUUAAGUCAUUGCCGGAAAUGUGCUUUGGUGUUAUCUGGCUGAUUACGUAUCUGCGAUGGGCAUAUAAGCACGUCAAAGCACGACGUUUCGAUCCAACUGACGAAGUCAUUGAUACGAUCGCAAGUGUGCCAAAUGGUUUCACAAUUGAACAGUCGCUCGUUGAACUGGAUGAUGACCGGUCGAUCGGAGAAACCGAAUUUGAUGCCGGUGAGCUAAGAAUAACAAACGAUGAAAUUGACAAAACUGUUACACUGUAUAUUUGUGCGACAAUGUGGCAUGAAACACGCAACGAAAUGAUGCAAAUGUUAAAAUCCAUCAUACGAUGUGAGACGAAUGAUGGAACUGAUGGCACAAAGAAUCGUGUGCUUGUGAAUACCGCGUACGGUGGAAGACUGGUUGUUCGUCUGCCGGCUGGAACAUUGCUCUUCGUUCAUUUAAAGGAUAAGAAGCUUGUGCGCCACAAGAAGCGUUGGUCACAAGUGAUGUACAUGUAUUAUUUGCUGGGACAUCGAAUCAUGGAUUCCCAUAUGAGUGUGGAAGAUCGCCAACUGGAAGCUGAUAAUACUUACAUUUUGGCAAUUGAUGGUGAUUCUAAAUUUGAACCAUCAGCUGUACUGAAACUGCUUCGUCUAAUGAAUGUGAAAAGUGACAUUGGUUGUGCCUGUGGACGAAUUCAUCCGAUAGGCGAAGGCGUGAUGGUAUGGUACCAGAAAUUCGAGUACGCCAUUGCGCACUGGUUCCAAAAAGCAGCAGAACAUGUGUUUGGUUGUGUACUGUGUGCUCCUGGAUGUUUUUCACUUUUCCGAGCAUCUGCGUUGAUGGAUGAUAACGUUAUGCAUAAAUAUACGAAAACUGCAUCAGAACCACGCCACUUUGUGCAGUACGAUCAAGGUGAAGACCGCUGGUUAUCCACGUUGCUUUUGAAACAAGGCUAUAGGAUUGAGUAUGCUGCGGCGGCAGAUGCUGAAACAUAUGCUCCCGAAGGUUUUCGUGAAUUUUUCAAUCAGCGGCGUCGGUGGACCCCAUCAUCUAUAGCGAAUACCAUUGAUCUGCUUGCCGAUUACCGCCGUGUCUGUCAAAACAACGACAGCAUAUCGAAGAUGUACAUUUUAUACCAGAUGGUUGUUAUCGCGUUUUCACUACUCAGUCCCGGAAUCAUGUUCACUAUGCUUGUAUACGCUCAGGUAGCAGCUUUUGAAGUGGGAUCUGAUCGUAUGUUACUGUACAACGCAAUACCAGUAUUCAUUUUUAUUGCGCUGUGCUUUUUUGCUGACUCGAAUCAUCAGUUAAUUUUCGCGAAAUUAGUUUCUGUUGUGUAUGGGUUCGUUAUGCUAGCUGUUGCUGUAGCUACGGCUAAUCAAAUUAUUUUGGAAACUGCUUUGUCGCCGACCUCGAUGUUCGUCCUCUGCAUGAUUGGAAUAUUCUUUUUCGCUGCACUGAUACAUCCGCAGGAAUUUCAUAAUAUUCUCUACGGGCUGGUGUUUUUCCUGAUGAUCCCCUGCACCUAUGUUUUUCUUUCGCUUUAUGCUUUGAUCAAUUUGAAUGUCAUCAACUGGGGAACACGAGAAGCUGCAUCUGCUGCUGUUGGCGAGAGUGUAAGCGAAACAGGAUUCAAGGGAUUGAUGCGGCGGCUAGGUUUUUAUAGAAUCGUAGACUUUGUGAGAGCUUUGCCCACACGCAAGUCAACUGCUGCUGAAGUGGAGAACAUGAAGAAGCGAGUUAACGAAAUGGAAAUAGAGCUUCAGGAAUUGAAGGAUCGAGAUGUUAUUUUUCCGCCUCCGCAUGCACAUCUACUGUCGACGCCUCCAGCAGCGAAACAAGAAAAAGGAAAUGAAGCGGAAGUUGAAAUGCUUUUGUCUUCGACAACGCCUUUUAAAACGCCGGUUGCGAGAGAAGUCACAAAUCGUUUUAUGUGGAUGGAUGCCGAAUAUUUGCAAGUGUGCGGUCGUGGCCGGCUGAAUCCAGCAGAAGACGAGUUCUGGAACGGAAUGAUUGAACAGUAUCUUAAACCAACGGAAAUAACGGAAGAUGAAACAAGGCGGGAUGCUGCUAAUUUAGCUGAUCUUAGGAAUCGCAUAGCUUCUUCAAUUUUGAUCGUUAACGGCCUCUUGGUUCUUGCAGUUUUUCUCAUACAGAAGCACAAGGAAAUACUUUCUUUCCAGUAUAAACCAUACGAGGGCUUUGAGUGGUUAAAGCUGAGUGAGAAAACAGGAAAAUUCGAGCUCACUGGUGAGCCGUUAAAGGUUGAACCGCUUGGUCUAAUCAUAAUCGGAUUUCUGCUUGCAAUACUCUUGGUUCAAACGUGUGGUAUGUUUGCACAUAGAGUCAACACACUAAUUGGCGCAUUCCAUGAG